UCUGUCUCCCUUCGUAGAGGACGAGGAGAUGGCGAUAAAGUGAGUUACUGCAUAUUUGAUUUUUGGGCCUUUACCAUUUUCAGCAGGCAACAACUUACUGCAGCCAUGUGGAAAAUACCAAGGAGGUUCACUGGUAGAUUGUGUUGCUUUCCCACGGAUCCACUGGAAGAUGUUGAGACUUGGGGUGAGUCUGUGGAUAAAGUCCUCGCUUGUAAAGCUGGACAGAUAGCUUUCCGGGAGUUCCUGAAGUCAGAGUACAGUGAGGAGAACAUACUGUUUUGGCUCGCCUGUGAGGAGUAUAAAAAGAUCAAGACGGUCCCAGAGAUGAUCUCCUCUGCCAACAGGAUUUACUCAGAGUUUGUCCAAACAGAAGCGCCGAGACAGAUCAACAUAGAUUGUGGUACCAGAGAAAACAUAACAAAGAACAUCUGCCAGCCUUCCCUGACUUCGUUUGAUUCAGCACAGAAGCUCAUCUACAGUCUGAUGGCCAGGGACUGCUACCCACGGUUCCUAAAAUCGGACAUCUAUCAGGGACUCCUGAGGAGAACCGAUUCAAGGUGACUGUUUUAAACUGACAGCCGCUCAGUCGGCCUCACAGAAAUCUGCUCUCCAGCUUUAGCGCUCUUUGAUUUCAGUGUGGAUAACAGGUUUAUGCCAUACAACCCAGAGCUUAAUUGUAGCAGAAAUAGCUUUUCUCUCAACCCGUGUGAUUCAGUAGAAUGUUACACCUCAAGGGAAUCUGAACCUUGUAUUAUACUUUAUCUCUUCGAUUAUUUAAAGGUAUAACGAAGUCUUUUUAACAGAUUGAAGAGAUUAUUCAAUGACUAUCUGGUUUUUUUUUGUUUUUUUUUCUGACCCUCCCUGUUGAGUCGCAUUAUGUAAUAAAUUCCCAUUAUGUAAUAAAAGUUCAAAAUGUAAUAAGAAUGUCACGU